UUCUCAGGAUCCUGGGCACAGGUUACACUGACACAGACUCCGAACGAGAUCUCUGCAACUCCAGGACAGACAGUCACCAUCUCAUGUAAAUCCAGUGCUAGUACAUCCAGUGCUGGUGUAGGUAGCUACCUAAACUGGUUCCAACAGAAGCCCCAACAACCUCCAAAGCUUCUUAUCUAUUAUGCUGACACUCGGCAAUCUGGGAUCCCGGACAGGUUCAGUGGUUCUGGACUUGGAAUAAAUUUCACUCUCACAAUUACAGACAUAAAGGAUGAAGAUGCAGCAGUUUAUUACUGUCAGCAUGCUUUGGGAUUUUACAUUCACACAGUGAUACAGAGCCGUACAAAAACCUCUUUCCUCUUUUAG